AUGAACGAGGUCCUGGGUCGCCGGACCCGGCUGACCAAGUGCCUAGAGCGGCUGCAGGCCGGCGAGAUGGCGUUCGGUUCCGACUUCCCGGCCCGCGACGGUGAUCUGCAGAUGGUGCCCGACCGGCUGGUGCAGUACACACUCGGUAAGGACCACGUGCAGCCGGCGCCGGCGGACGUGGUCGCCUCGGUGCCGGACUUCCGACGGGACCUGCCCGGCCGCCUGCUCUGGGAGGAGCCGCGCGACGUCGUCUUCAUCCACAUGGACCCAUUCUGGGGCGACUUUUUCGGCACGUCGGCCGUGCGCCACCGGCCGGUGCCGUUCAUCGACGCCAUUCCCGUCUCCAUGUGGGUGUACCAGAACCGCAACAAGGGGCAGCGUCAGCGAUGCCAGUGUGUCAGCGCCGCGUUGCCCCAGCUCGACAUCAGCCUGCUCAUGCCCUGCCUGCUCUCCAGCAAGGGCUCGUCCGGCGGCGACCUGUCCGUCUUUCCUGACUCGUCCAGCGUCACCAGCUUCUAG